GCAGCACCGCGCGAGCGCUUCCGGGCGGCGCGGUCAGGUGACGAGCUGGUGUCACAUGACGGCGCGCGCUGGAGCCGGAAGCGGGAGCGGAGCGGCCGCCGGAACGGCUGCACUGAGGCUGCUCUGGGACCCCCGAGGGGCUGACCUGCAGCCCUGGCUCCUCAGCACGGUGCUGAGGCUUCUCCUCUCUCUCUGCCUCCAGCUAGAGGUGAUGCCAUGGCCGCUGCCAGCUCCAGCAGGGCCAGGGCCGGGCCACCCUGUGAGAAGUCCCAGCUCUCCGUGAAAGUGGUGUCCAUGAAGCCCAAGGUGCACAGCCGCCCGUCGCGGAUGAACUGCUACGUGGAGGUGGCAGGCGAUGGGCUGCCCAGCGAGACCAAGAAGACGGGGAAGCAGAUUGGGAGCUUUGAGCUGCUGUGGAACGAGAUCCUCAUCCUGAACGUCACGGCUCAGAGCCACCUGGACCUCAAGGUGUGGAGCUGCCACACCCUGUGGAACGAGCUGCUGGGCACAGCCUCUGUCAGCCUGGGCAGCCUCCUCAAGAGCGGCAGGAGACUGGAGAACAGGCAGCUGACCCUGGACCUGCAGACGGAGAACAAAGGCAACGUUGUCUCCGGUGGAGAGCUGACGAUUUUCCUGGACGGGCCAGCUGUUGAUCUGGGAACUCUGCCUAAUGGCAGCGCCACGACAGAGGGGUCCCAGGUGCCUGGCCAGGACCCCGGCAGUGUGACUGUGGCCACGGAGGGCAGACACCAACCUCCCAAUGCAAACUGCUUCGGGAGCAGACCCAGGACACACCGACACGCAGCUGGAGUGACCCGGCAAAACACAGGGAGUGGAGAGCAAAGUCCCAGCGCCAGGAGCCGGCACCGACAGCCAGCCAAGAGCGUGCAGCACACUGGCAUGGCCAAUGGCACGGCCACCAGCACAGCCCACGGCAUGGCCAAUGGCACGGCCACUGGCAUGGCCAGCAGCACAGCCCACGGUGUGGCCAACGGCACGGCCACCGGCACAGCCCACGGCAUGGCCAACGGCACAGUGAACGGUGACACAGCGGGUGCUGCAGAGAGCGAAGAGGAGAGGCUGACAGCGGUAGCCAGCGCACCGGCCCCGGUGAGUGGGGCUGACAGCUCCGGCGCUCCUGCUCUGCCCAGCGCCGGGGAGGCCAGGGAGGCCGAGGAGGCCUCCAGCUCCAGCACCGCACCAGCCCGGGCAGCCGUGCCAGCCCCCGACGCUCUGCCCCCCGGGUGGGAACAGCGAGAGCUGCCUAAUGGUAGAGUCUACUAUGUAGAUCAUAACAACAAGACCACCACGUGGGAGAGACCUCUUCCUCCAGGGUGGGAGAAGCGUGUGGAUCCUCGAGGCAGGUACUACUAUGUGGACCACAACACCCGGACCACCACGUGGCAGCGCCCCACAGCCGAGUAUGUCAGGAACUAUGAGCAGUGGCAGUCCCAGCGGAACCAGCUCCAGGGAGCCAUGCAGCAGUUCAGCCAAAGAUUCCUGUACCAGUCGUCCGGCGCCCCGUCCGACAAUGAUCCUCUUGGUCCCCUUCCUCCUGGCUGGGAGAAGAGACAAGACAAUGGGCGAGUGUAUUACGUGAACCACAACACACGGACCACCCAGUGGGAAGACCCUCGCACGCAGGGCAGGAUGAUCCAGGAGCCGCCGCUGCCGCCCGGCUGGGAGAUGAAGUACACGAACGAGGGCGUGCGCUACUUUGUGGACCACAACACUCGCACCACCACCUUCAAGGACCCACGCCCUGGAUUCGAGUCUGGGAGCAAGCAGGGCGGGUCUCCAGGAGCGUAUGAUCGGAGCUUUCGCUGGAAGUACCACCAGUUCCGCUUCCUCUGCCACUCAAAUGCGUUGCCCAGCCAUGUGAAGAUCAGUGUUUCCCGACAGACGCUCUUCGAGGACUCGUUCCAGCAGAUCAUGAACAUGAAGCCAUACGACCUACGGCGCCGUUUGUACAUCAUCAUGCGAGGGGAGGAGGGCCUGGACUACGGCGGCAUCGCCAGGGAGUGGUUCUUCCUCCUGUCGCACGAGGUGCUGAACCCCAUGUACUGCCUCUUCGAGUACGCCGGCAAGAACAACUACUGCCUGCAGAUCAACCCAGCCUCCUCCAUCAACCCCGACCACCUCACCUACUUCCGCUUCAUCGGCCGCUUCAUUGCCAUGGCUCUCUAUCAUGGCAAGUUCAUCGACACCGGUUUCACACUGCCCUUCUACAAGCGAAUGCUGAACAAGCGGCCCACGCUGAAGGACCUGGAAUCCAUCGACCCCGAAUUUUACAACUCUAUCAUCUGGACCAAGGAGAACAGCCUGGAGGAGUGCGGCCUGGAACUGUACUUCAUCCAGGACAUGGAGAUCCUGGGCAAGGUGACCACCCACGAGCUGAAGGAGGGUGGCGAGAGCAUCCGGGUGACGGAGGAGAACAAGGAGGAGUACAUCAUGCUGCUGACGGAUUGGCGGUUCACACGAGGCGUGGAGGAGCAGACCAAGGCUUUCCUGGAUGGCUUCAAUGAGGUGGUGCCGCUGGAGUGGCUGCGCUACUUCGACGAGAAGGAGCUGGAGCUGAUGCUGUGCGGCAUGCAGGAGAUCGACAUGAAUGACUGGCAGAAGAAUACCAUCUACCGGCACUACACUAAGAACAGCAAACAGAUCCAGUGGUUCUGGCAGGUGGUUAAAGAGAUGGACAAUGAGAAGAGGAUCCGGCUGUUGCAGUUUGUGACGGGAACGUGCCGCCUGCCCGUCGGGGGCUUCGCGGAGCUCAUUGGCAGCAACGGGCCCCAGAAGUUCUGUAUCGAUAAAGUUGGCAAAGAGACGUGGCUGCCUCGGAGCCAUACGUGCUUUAACCGCCUGGAUCUCCCUCCCUACAAGAGCUAUGAACAGCUGAAGGAGAAGCUGCUUUAUGCCAUUGAGGAGACAGAAGGAUUUGGACAGGAGUGAUGGAGCUUUGGUGCUUUUCCAGGCCGUGAGGUCCUGCCUGCCGGCACUGAGCCCUCUCCACGGGACAGCGCGCAGGCGGCUGCGGACGCUGUUGCUCUUGUUCUGCGCCAGACCUGUGCUAACGUAGCCCCGGGGGAAAUGGGUCCGCAUUUCCCUCCCCAAACAAAUUGGAGGUGUGCUGGGGAGGUGGAUGCAGGAGCCUGGCUCUGCACACUCCCGAGGGGCGCGGACUGGCGCACAAGGGAUGAGGCAAAGCACACGGUGCACUGAGGCUCCCUGGUCCCCCCUCACACACAGUUAAAGGAGCUCUGGGCUCAGCACAGGCUGUUUUUCCCCAUAGUGUUUUCUGCCUUUUCGUGGCAUUUUAAUACACGGAGGUGAGGAGGGAAAUUGGCUCUCGAACCACAUCUCAGGUCUCAUCUGUGGCCUGUCCUGCACCCAGCAAAGGUGAUGGGGAAGCCCAGUUGCUACCACUGGGGCCAAUGCACCCCACGAGCUGGACCCAGGGCCUGGCCGAGCGCGUCCUCUGCGUUUUCAUUUGCAAGCGUGUGGCCCCUGUGAUGUUGUAUUUAAGUGGUUUGUUGCCAGAGCUGGUGCUCUGCAGCAGCCUAGGGGGCUCUGGCCACAUUUGGGGCACAUCCAGCCUUUGCUGGGUUUGUGGGUUCAGCCCAAACUCCCCAUUUCUUCUGUUGCUGGCCAGGCUGGUGCUGGAACAGCCAGAGCUGUGGGUGAGGGCAGGAUCAAGCCCCUCGCCGGGCUGCCCCACCCCAAGUGUGUGGGGCAGACGGACCCGCACCAGCGCUGCUGUACAGAGCUGUACCGAGGGGGACUGUGGGUGUGAGACGCUGCCAUCGCUUUCGACUGGUACCUGGAUCGUUUUGUACUGCACCGUCCUGCCCCAGUGACGCCGACUUCUUGUGCAAUAAAUGAUAAGCAGCUGCCGA